AUUUACAUACUACUGCUGUGAGCUGGAGUGGGAAACACGUUCUCCAACCACUCUUCGCAUCUUAAAGUUCACGUUUUGACUGUAACACACAUUGUGAAGAGUAGCCUUCGGGGAACAACUUUGCUUAACCAAAAAUGCAUUCCUUCAUCGUCGAGCACCUCGAUCCUGAGCUGGAAGAUUGGCAAGGACUCGAGUACAAUUGUAUUCACAAAGAAUGCGAUGCCGCAGGUUCGAAGUUCCUUCUUUCCGGACUCACAGCGACAUUUGAAGAUGCCGCAAAAGAUAUCCUGAAAGUUCCCGCAUCAAGUAAAACCAGCCAGAGCGUGGAGAAUCUCUAUCCUACACAGGAGCAGAGGCAACGAGUAUGCCUGCUCGAUCCUCGGGGCGAGAAAGAUCUCAGUCCCGAAGACGGAGAGCAAUUCGAUGCGUUCCUCUUUGGUGGCAUUCUGGGAGAUGAUCCACCACGAGAUCGCACCGGUGAUCUACGCAAGAUGGGCUUCCCCGGACGAAGACUGGGUCCGGAGCAAUUGACCACCGACACAGCAGUCCGCGUGACGAGGAUCGUCGUGCAACAAAAAGUCAAGCUCAAUGACAUCGAGUAUGUCGAUCGUCCCGAUAUCGAGAUCCCCUCGAAAAACAAGAAAGGUCCGUCGGAGAGCGUCAGCAUGCCAUUCAAAUAUGUGAAGGGCGAGGAUGGCAAGCCGAUCAUGCCUGAGGGCAUGUUUGAAUUGUUGGCGAGCGAUGCUGACAAGGGCAUCAUGGAUUUGCUUUGAGGUUCUCAAACCAUUACUAGCCGUCACACGAAUAAUGAGACGAUGUAGCGAAGAAGCUAUUCGUCGCAUUGGAACUCCUGAAAAGCGAUAUAUUGGCACAAUAUCUGUGACAGCUCGUCUUUCUAUCCCAAAACAGAGAUCAACCACGCAUGGUCUGCUUCUUCGUAGCACGCUUUUGAGCCUUCUCCUUCUCCUUUUCCAAGAAUUUCUUCUGCUCGUCCGCACUCAUCUUGCUCAACUUGCGAUCGCGCUCCUCUUUCUUCAGCUUGUCACCUGCCAAUCUUCGUUCCUCGGCCU